CUGAGCCACAGGCUGUGGGCUCCAGCAAGGACUGAACUCAAGGAUGGCUUCCAAGAGGCUAAGCUCAUUGGAGUCUGUGCUGAUUGCACUCUUUGUUCUUAUGACUUGUGCUUGUAUUGGUCUAAUAGUGGUUUGCUUUCUUGAAAAGCCUAAAUCAUCAGAAGCAGAAGGUAGCAAUGGAAAGAGCGGGAAUAAAGAGAAAAUGUUAAUUUUCCUACAUUGUAACAUAUUUUAUAUUAUUGUUGAGGCUUAUUUUAUUUUCUUUCCAUACUCCACAGGUUGUGGUACUAUUCAGCACCUAUCUGGGGCAUCUGGAAGCUUUGAAAGUUUGAACUAUCCCAGCAACUAUGAUGACAGUAAAAACUGCAUGUGGGAGAUAACAGUGGAACAGAAUAAAGUUAUACAUUUGAAGUUUGCUGAAUUUCACCUGGAAGCUAGCACACAUUGUACUGCAGAUCAUGUUAGUAUAGAGGAUGAUGCUGGUACAUUGGGUAGAUACUGUGGGCAUUCAACUCCCAAGCCACUUGUUUCUAUUGGAAAUAGACUUUUUAUAUCUUUCAUAAGUAACAGUCAAACAACAGACACAGGAUUUAAGGCUGAAUAUGAAGCAAUAGAUCCAAGUAAAACUGCAGGAAUUGUUGGAGGAGGAGGACAUUUGCAGGGAAACACAGGGGAGUUUGGAACACCUGACACAUCAGCCCGUGCAUACAAGAACGAUGCCAUCUACCAGUGGAGAAUUUCAGUUGCUUCUGGCUACAAGAUAAAAUUGGCCUUCACUUCAUUUGACCUAGAACCUGCGGGACCAGCAGGUUGCAAAGAUGCAGUUGAAAUUUAUGAUGGAGACACCAAAGGGUCAAGCAAGCUUGGGCACUUUUGCGGAAGACAGAUUCCUGGACCAGUUUAUUCAUCUAGCCACAUACUACUGGUACGUUUCACAUCAGACAGUGAAGGUUCCGGAAAUGGUUUCCAUGCCACCUACAGUGCAUUCCAAGGAAAUAUACCUGAUACCACUGUGGCUCCUUCUACCUCCACUACUUCUUCCACUACUUCUUCCACUACUACAACCUCUUUCGUUGAUUCUGGAUGUGAGAGCAAUGCACUGCAACGUGGCCGUAAGGGCGUCAUUCAUUCUAAAAGUUAUCCUGACACCUACCCUGGAAAUCUUCAGUGCAGUUGGGACAUCACCGUUGCAGAGGGAUUGCUGGUCAAACUGGCAUUUACUGAGUUUGCUGUGGAUGGAGAGUUGGGGUCAUGUAUAGACAUGAUAAAUGUAUCUGAUACCUCAGAUGCGAUAGGCAAUUACUGUGGGUUUCUAAAGCCUCCUGUGAUUAUCAGCACAAGCAACAAGCUCUUUGUGAGAUUUUCAACGGACAACCUGAGAACAGAAAAAGGGUUUGAAGCAAAAUGGGAAGCAGUUUACCCUGAUGAUAUUUCAGAGAUACAGUCCUGUGGUGGGAGCUCUAAUGCAGAAACCGGUGUGAUAAUGACACCAAAUUGGCCUAAUAAUUAUGGACCAAACAAUGUGUGUGUAUGGGUCAUAGAAGUACCACAAGGGAAAAAAGUGCACCUGACAUUCACUCAUUUCGAUUUAGAAGAUGUAGACCUAUUUACCAGGGCCUGUUAUGAUUAUGUUUCCACUUUUGAAGAAAGACCAGGACAUACAGAAACACAUGGUCGUUUCUGUGGAACCACUGUUCCUUCUACUAUAAUUACUCAGGGCAAUCGCAUUGCACUGAGAUUCCAAAGUGACCUCUUUACAGAAGCAAAAGGAUUCCGUGCAUACUGGACCACUGAUCCCUUGACACCAGCUCCAACUGAUGCCCCAGAGCCCCCAAAUCCAUGGGAUGACAUACAAAUAGAAUGGCCAACUAAGUGUGGAAAGCCUACAUAUCCUCCCAAGAUCAAUACCAGAAUUGUCAAUGGUGAACCUGCUGCACCCCAUACCUGGCCGUGGCAAGUGUCUAUGCAGGUUUGGCCCAGUUCCCGCAAUGAAACAAUUUUCUUCCACACCUGUGGUGCAACUCUCAUCCACAAGAACUGGAUCCUCACAGCAGCCCACUGCUUUAUUAACUAUGCAAAUGAACUUUAUCGCUGGCAAAUGUGUCUUGGAAAACACAACUUGACAUUUGUGGAACCAACUGAGAGGUGCUUUAAAGUUCUUGGCAUCUAUCGUCAUGAAUUGUUUGUUUACCCUGAAAUCCCUGCAUUGGAAUUUGACAUUGCAUUGGUGAAAAUUGACGGGGAAGUAGUUGCAAGUGAUGUGAUUGACUUUGCUUGUCUGCCUCCCUAUGAUCAAGUUCUGGAUCCAAAUUACCGCUGCCAUGCAACUGGCUGGGGAGAUGAAACAGGAAAUUCUGCGGCACCUAAAGUAGCAGAAGCUUUGAACCAAGUUGUGUUACCGGUCAUUCCAUAUGAUACAUGCAAAACACCUCAAUACUGGUGGUUCCAAAUGAAGAAGUCAAUGAUCUGUGCAGGUUAUGUACUUCCAGAUGAGCUUAAAUCAGUGUGCCAGGGAGAUUCUGGAGGGCCACUUGCCUGCCCUUCUACUUCUCAGCCUGGAACCUGGGAGGUUCAUGGAAUUACUAGCUUUGGAGCUAUUGGCUGUAUUAUGGAUAAAAAGCCCAGUGUUUUUACACGUACUUCUGCUCACCUUGAUUGGAUAGAUCAGACCAUCAAAAAGGAUAUGUAUGAUACCCACUCAUCUGGCUGUGGAAGUGCCAGAAAUUUAUAUGACAAAAAAGGACAAUUGACUUCCAUGAGAUAUCCUUCUUCAUACAAUAAUGAUGCCACCUGCUUAUGGAAUAUUCUAGCAGAGGAGGGUAAAGUCAUCCAUUUGCAUUUUAACAGUUUUGUGCUUGAGGGAAGUACCAUAUGCACCAAUGACAAAGUUGUGGUCUCUGAUGAGCUGAGUUACCUUGGAACACACUGUGGAACUGUGCUGCCUCCAGAUCUUGUGAGUUUCAGUAACAUUCUAACAGUCAGAUUUCAAACCAACAGCAGGGUGGUAGAUGAAGGGUUUUCUGCCUCAUGGGAAAUCGUGUCUCCAGAUUCUAUUCCAAGUUUAGCGCAGUGUGGAGGUAACUUCAUGGCUGAUAAUGGAGUUUUCAUGUCAACCAACUGGCCAGAUGGCAACUACCCUGGUAGCACAGCAUGCACUUGGAGAGUUGCUGUUGAGGCAGGAAAGAAAAUUCAUAUUGUCUUUACACAUUUCGAACUACAGCAGCAUAGCUUUAUAGCAGGUUGCCAAGAUUAUGUGGAGAUUUUUGAUGGAGACAGAGGUGGUGCUAUAAAUCUGGGUCAGUUCUGUGGAAAUAACAUUCCAGGAAUGUUUAACACAACAGGAAACACAGCAGUCAUUAAAUUUGUCAGCAAUCAUGAAAGACAUUUUAAAGGUUUCAGUGGCUAUUGGACAACUAACCUUACUGAUGUUUCCAGCUUACCACUAAGACCUGCCAAACCAUGGAAUGACAUCAUAAUAGAAUGGCCUACAAACUGUGAUACUAUGUCAUCCAGUAAAAUCAAUGGGUUUUCAGGACUACAUUCUUCACAAUGGCAAUUCUCUGUGCAAAGUCAAACUAGGCCAUUCCUGCCAUUCCAACAUACUUGUGCCGGCUCUCUUAUCCAUUCAGAGUGGCUUCUCCUGCCUGCUCACUGCAUCGAUGUGAACCAGAAGCUGGACUCUUGGCGAGUGUGCCUUGGGCAUGCACCUGAGAAGUGCUUUGGUACAGAUACCAUUAUCAGACAUGAGAACUUUGCCUAUCCACAGACCAAUGAUCAUUCUGAUGACAUAGCACUGAUGCACCUGUCAGAGAAAGUGACUGAAGUACAACCAGUCUGCUUGCCUGCCUCUAAAGAAUUUUUGCUACCCGGGGAACUAUGCUACUGGGCAGGUUGGGCAGCUUCAAACAAAGGUGGAGCAAAUUUCGCUAAUAUUAAAGAAAAGUUUCAAGUUCCCAUACCAAUUCUCUCCUAUGAAACGUGUAGCCAGCCCAAGUAUUGGUGGAGUGAACUGACACCUUCAAUGAUUUGUGCAGGUUUUGAAUCACCAGAGAAGCUCAAAUCUGAAUGCAAGAAUGGCGCAGAAGGAGCAUUGUUCUGUAAAUCAAGCACAGAGGAAGCAUGGGAAAUCCAGGGCAUUGCAAGUUUUGGGCCAUCAGACUGUGCAGUGGUUAAGAAGCCACCUGUGUUCACCAGAGUGUCUGCCUACAAAGAAUGGAUUGAGGACACAAUACAGAAAUAUACCUAUGAAAAGAAUAUUUCAUAAAUUUGGACUGUAUUACCUACUUUAUAAAUGCAUAAUU